UCUUGCCCCACUCCCAGAAGCGAGACAACGGCUUGGUGGAAGCCGUGGUACAGCCUUUGGGGAGGACUCGCUGCCUUCGUACGCUGUCCAGGCCGAAGCAGCAGCGGGACGCUGAGGUCAGCUAAAGGUCUCUGCGCGCGGGCGACUGCCCCAGAGAAGAGGAGACGCAGGCUGGGCCUCCCACUUCCUCCUACACCUCCUUCCAGACCCAGUCUCUGGGCCAAGGCUGCCGGGACAGGUCAGGCCCUGCUGGGACUCUCUCUGUGCCACACAAACUUCAGGAAGAAUCUGACUGUGCAGCAAGACAUAAUGAAGAUUGAGCUCCUGCCUGCCCUGACCGACAACUACAUGUACCUGAUCAUUGAUGAGGACACCCAGGAGGCUGCGAUUGUGGACCCGGUGCAACCACAGAAGGUCAUAGAAACUGUGAAAAAGCACGGUGUGAAGCUGACCACAGUGCUCACCACUCACCACCACUGGGACCACGCUGGUGGGAACGAGAAGCUGGUGAAGCUGGAACCUGGGCUGAAGGUUUAUGGAGGUGAUGACCGCAUCGGGGCCUUGACUCACAAGGUCACACACCUUUCCACACUGCAGGUGGGGUCUCUCAGUGUUAAAUGUCUGUCAACACCCUGCCAUACUUCAGGGCACAUCUGUUACUUUGUGAGCAAGCCUGGGAGCUCAGAGCCUUCUGCUGUGUUCACAGGUGACACAUUGUUUGUUGCCGGCUGUGGGAAGUUCUAUGAGGGAACUGCGGACGAGAUGUACAAGGCGCUGCUUGAAGUCUUGGGCCGGCUUCCUCCAGACACAAAAGUCUACUGUGGCCACGAAUACACCGUAAACAACCUUAAGUUUGCACGCCACGUGGAGCCCAGCAAUGCAGCCAUUCUAGAGAAACUGGCCUGGGCCAAGGAGAAGUAUGCCAUUGGGGAGCCCACGGUGCCAUCCACCCUGGCAGAAGAGUUCACCUACAACCCCUUCAUGAGAGUGAAGGAGAAGACCGUGCAGCAGCAUGCUGGUGAGACAGACCCUGUGACCACCAUGAGGGCCAUCCGUAGGGAGAAAGACCAGUUCAAGGUGCCCCGGGACUGAGGCACGCGGGACAGGGACUUUUAACCGACUGACCUGCUGCUAAUGCAGGAUCUAGUCUAAUUUUAAGUUAAUUCAGAGCCCUUAGCUUGUGUUAUCAAAUGUUCUAAUGCAUAUUUAUAAGAGAAAAAAGGUUUAAAGUAUUUAUUCCCAUAA